AUGGCGUUACCGUCCUCAAGCGACCUCCAGGAAAGCGACGGGCGCUCGCGUGCGCGCAACAUGCGCUCUCAACCGUCGACAUCUGGCUCUGACGCAGACGUCGACUCUGCUUCACAGGCCAAGAUCGACACUUACAUGACCCGCAAGAAGAGGUACACCAAGUCCAAGUCCUCCAAGGUUCCCGAUGGCAAGACUUCCAAUGGGACAAGCGGUAAGACGGCCUCGUUGUCGGAGGAAUCCCCCAAGGUUCCGCCGUGCCGCUGCCAAGGCCCAAAUGACGAUUGGGACCCACGCUUCGUCACCAUCGAUGUCAAGGCUGCAACUGGACCCAUCCCUCUUGUCAAGCCUCGGUACUACGAUGAUCGUGGUCGCCAAUGGGAUAAGCUCCAUCCAGGUCGCGCCAACGCCACGAAGUUACGGACCGUCAAGAAUUAUCUCCACCAGGCUCGAGUGAUCGAUAUUCCUAUUGGCCUGUCUGAAGAGGACCUCACCUGGUUCCUGAAGCAUCUCAAGAGGCUUGAGAUCGCUCGGUUUUACAAUCUCAUGGACACCGAAGAACCUGAAAUCACUACUGUUCCCGUCUCGGCCCACACGGUUGUCCUCCCGUCAUUCACGAUCGAUGACGACAAUCGUUGGGAUGGAUACCUUCACCCGGACAAUGUCAAGGUGGUAUUUAACGUCCUCUACCGCCCUGAGGAGGGGUCGUUUACCUACGUCAACAGCUGGCUUCAACCACUUCAAUUUCUUGUCAGAGUCCAACAAUUAGUUUUUCUGUGCGCCGUGCCUUUUGGCCCCCUGGAAAAGUAUUCCUCCAACCUAUGCGAAGAAGAGGCGUUCCUGAACUGGCAGGCCUUCGUGGAAUUUCUAGCGGACAUCGUUGUCCUCAACAACAACCUAGUCGUGACGGCUGUCGGCAUCCCCUUUCCUCCAGUCACGGGUGGCGUGACCCCUCCAACUCCGCAGCCCCUGAAAGAUGCGCUCCACUCCACUUUUACACCGUACUUGAAGGAGCACAAGGGCUGCAGCGCGGAGGAGUACGAGUCUCAACUCACUCCCGGUCAAUUUCAGUUGGAAUACAUGCCUUGCGACUAUGCCGGCAAGUUUGAACCCUACACGUCCGAAGCUGACGACAAGACGAAUUCUAUGUGA